AUGUCCUCCGCUAAUGGCGCCCUCGUGCCGCUGAGCAAGUCGGCUCUCUUCACACCCCUCGCUGUCGGCCGGUUGGCCGUGAAGCAUCGCAUCGUGCAGGCGCCCUGCACGCGCAUGCGCUGUGAUGUCGUCGAUGGCGUCAAUGUGACGGGUCCGCGCAUGGUCACAUACUACGGCCAGCGUGCAUCCGACGGCGGCCUGCAGAUCUCCGAGGCCACCGACAUCUGCACCAAUGCGAGCGCCUACCCUCGCGUGCCUGGUGUUUAUGCACCGGCCCAGCUGGCCGGCUGGCACGCUGUGACCGAUGCAGUGCACGCCAAGGGCGGCCUGAUUGUGGCCCAGCUGUGGCACACUGGCCGGGCCUCCGGGUCGGUGCUCCGUGGCGGCGAACGCGGCUGGUCCUCGGGCGAGCUGCCUAUGGCUGGCAACUAUCUGGACGGUUCCUCCUGCGCAGACGACCCGCCGCGUGCCAUGACCGUCGACGAGAUCCACGGACUCACGGCUGAGUGGGCGGCUGCGGCCAAGCGGGCUGUCGAUCAAGCUGGCUUCGACGGCAUCGAGAUCCACGGCGCCAACGGCUACCUGCUUGAGCAGUUCUUGCACGACAACAUCAACAAGCGCACCGACGCCUACGGCGGCUCCGUCGAGAACCGCUGCCGCUUCCUGCUUGAGGUGCUCGCUGCUGUCUCGGCAGCCAUCGGUGCCGACCGCGUUGGCAUCCGCCUCUCGCCCUUCAACUACUUCCAGGACACCCACGACAGCGACCCCAACGCCCAUUGGACCUACCUCUGCAAGGCUCUGGCCGCCCUGCCAGCCGACCAGCGGCCAGCCUAUGUUCACAUGAUCGAACCCCGCUUCGACGAGGUGCUCAGCGAGCAGCAGAAGCUCGAGGCCCUCGCUGCUUACACUUCUUCUGACGGCAAGGCCGCCGCAGCUGCCGAGAAGAACUCCUUGACGCCCUUCCGCACAAUCCUUAAGGCUGCCGGUAUCCCCUUCCUCGCCUGCGGUACCGUCACCCGCGACACCGCCGCCAGCAUCGUCGAGGGCGGCGAUGCCGAGCUGGUCGGCUUUGGCCGCCAGUUCAUCUCUAACCCCGACCUGGUCAAGCGUCUGAGCGAGGGCCUGCCGCUUAACGCCUACGACCGCUCCACCUUCUACGGCGCUGACCCGCUGGAGAAGGGCUACAACGACUACCCGGAAUACAAGGCAUAG